AUGGGCAUUCAAGGGAGAGUUAAGGUGUAUCGAGGGAGCGUUAAGGUGUAUCGAGGGAGCGUUAAGGUGUAUCGAGGGAGAGUUAAGGUGUAUCGAGGGAGAGUUAAGGUGUAUCGAGGGGCAGCCGGUCCAGCUGUGGAUCCUGACCGUCUCGUCAGCGUGAAGCCAGAGCCAGGCUCCGAAGCAAACGCGUGCAGAAGGAGAGGAAGCCGAGCGACAGCACCCGCCGCAGGCAGCCCCGACAUCUUGCUGAGGAUAAAGCGGGAAGAGAGGCUGUCGCUGAGUGAAGUCUCUGAAAGCAGCUCCUGCCACAGCCCUGGAGAACCCGUCAUAACUUCAGUCUUCUCAUUACAAACGGAAAAGACAAAGGACGUGCGGGGCAUGCAUCACGGAAACCGGCCAAAGGCUCAGGCCACCCAGCGGCAGAAACAAUUCCUGUCCCUGCCAGAUAUAAAGAAGCAGCCGGAUUAUGUCAAGCUGUCUGAGGGGGACUCGGCCCCAGGCAGGACCGCAGUCACUCCCCGAGAACAGUUCGCGUCUCAACCGAUUAAACAAGAGCAGCCGGAUUAUGUCACGGUGUCUGCAGGAGAUUCAGUUCCCGGGGCCCUCCGAGAGACCCCCACACAAGACAGUGACACAGACGCACCUCCUCCAUCCCCCGGGAACCUUGCACCUAACUCUCACGAUAUACCCGCCACUUCGCCCCCUUCCCUCGGAGCUCACCGCGUUCGGAAGUACACAAAUAGAGAACUCGAUGUCCUCGUGCACAUGGUGAUGGAAAAUUACCCAAAAUUGUUUGGCAAGGAGGCUGCUAAAACCCCCAAUGUUGUCAAGGAAGCCAUCUGGCAAGCCGUAGCGGAUGAGAUAACGGCUCUAGGGGUGGACAUCCGCACGCCGGAGAAAGUCAAGAAGCGUUGGUUGUCUGCCAAGCGUACGAUGAAAAAGAAGGUCGGCGAGGCAGCGCAGCACAUCGCCGAGACUGGGCGCCGGCCCCCCGCGUACCUGAGGCUGACACCGCAUGAGCAGAGACUGAGGGACUUCUUCAUGCCAGACUUCAGAGAGAACAUCCAAUGGAGCAGAAAUGAGGUGGACCCGCCGGAGGAAGAUGGUCCCCCAGAGGGUACAUCCAGUGAAUUCUCCACCGGCGUUCCUGUUUCUCCUCUGCGCGAGGAAGAAGAGCCCGAAGCCAGCGAGGAACUGUCUGAAGAGCCAACAGCCACUUCCCCCGGACCUCAGGUGUAUCAACCCGACCAGGUCAAUGAAAACGGACCAAAGGCCUACCAGCCGAGUGACAACCACAUCACGGAGUCUCCCAGGAGAUACACGAAAGACUCGAGCCACCAGAGAGAGAGACCCUGCUCACCAAACUCUCCGGAGCUGCUCAUGCAAAUGCACGAGACACAUUUAUCUUCUAUUAACGUAACGCUUUGCAGGCAGUCGAGGACACUUCAUGACAUCUCUUCCCGUCAGCGCAAGUCAAAUGUUUUAAUGCAGGAGCAGAAUGCCAUCUUGUCCAAGAUCGCCCACACCCUGAACGUUCUGCAGAUCCAGCAGGCGGAUGGACUGACGGCCUUGGGAGACAUCUUUCAGAAGGGGAUGGAAUCCAUGAAGCUGGCAUCUGGACCUCCACGGGAGGGCAGUAAGAGAACUGUGGAUGCAUCCAGCCUCCAGGGGGCACUAAGGAGGCCAACGCUGCCCUGCCCUAGACCCAGUGACGAUCAGAUUUCAGUGCCCCCCAAAAGGAAAAUUACCUAGAGCAGUCCCAGAGUCGUGUGUAUAUAUAUAUA